AUGCAGAGGGUCAAGGUUGUGGCCGUCGGUGACGAUGGCGUGGGAAAGACCUCGCUCUUCACCACCUACGGCGACGACGCGUUCCCACACGACUUUGUGGCUCCUAUCCAGGACUGGUGCAUCGAAGUCGUCCACGAGUCGCCCGAGUCAGGCACAGAGCCUCGGCCGAUCAUACUCGCGCUCUUUGACACGCCCGGUGGCGACAAGUACGACAGCUUACGCCCGCUCGGCUACGUCGAUACUGAUGUGUUCCUUCUCUGCUACUCGGUGGCCUCGCGUGCAUCAUUCGAUCGCAUCGCUGCCAAGUUUGCCGAUACCUCCGACUCUGAGCGAUCCGUGACAUUCCAGGAUGGCCAGGCCCUUGCAGACUCUAUCGCCGCGGUCGCCUUUGUUGAGAUCGCCGCCAAGUCGCACAUCGCCUCGAGUGCCCAGCGCACACACGCAUAUCCCGCCCUCACCACCGUCCCGGGGCUCAUCCACUUUGCGAUCGAAACUGCCAUCGCCUCGCAGCCGUCGCCCCCUCCACCACGCAAAUGCAUCAUCGUGUAAACCCUCCAUCGCUUUCCCC